AUGAAUUCUGAGAAUGUACCUCCACUUACACCUACAUCACAACCUCCACCUCGAAUCCUAAGAAUCAAAAGAAAAAGAGGACAAGAUCCGCUUCAAGCUUUGAUUUUGGAAGAUACCCGCAAUGUUAAACGAUCGAAACCAUCAACACCAAUCACAUCACCCAUUGCAACUCCACGUAGUCAUACACCACUAGAACAACAGCAAUUGAGAACUGGAAACAACUCUGUCUAUGAAUCUGAUAAUGAUAGACUCAAUUAUAUGUUCAAAUUGGCCAAGACCGAAUUUGGUAAUGAUGCAGAGUUGAAUGAGUCUAUGUUACACACAAUCUUGGCAGAGGCAGCGACUACAGCGGAUUUACAACAACAAGAGGGUGGUGACAACAAUGAGUCUACAUCCCGAGGGGAGAUUAAGCGACGAUUUAUUAUCCAACCUGGAGAGACACGACGUCAAAGCGGGAUUGAUUAUGAUGCUGCUGAUGAAGAGAUACCUGAUCAAUUGGCCAACAUGGUUAAAGAUGUAGUUUCAAAAGAAGGUGUCAGGACCAAGCAAAAGAGGAAAAGAAGGGGCCAUACAGAAAUUCACAGAGACAUUACCAAUGUACUUAGUGAAGAGCAUUUACCUGAAUCGCAGGAUUCGAUAUCUCAAGAUACACAAUCUACCACUACCACCACCACCAAUAAGACCACCAAUGACCACGACGAUGACGAUCAGUACGUUUAUGAUGUCUACCAACUAACCGAUGCCGAACCUCUUACUACGGCAAAUCAUCCACUGGCUCAAAUAGGCUACAUUCGUUUUUUCAAUGACGAUGAUUCCGAAAACAAUGACUCCAACAUCUUGGACACAACACAACAGGAUUUAGACGAAGUAAAAAAGCCUAGCGUUUUAACUGAUGAUGAAGAUUCAAAUGCUGAAAGUUUUUAUCAGAAUGAUUACCCUAGUGACGAAGACGCUGAAGGUUUACAAGAAUUGAAUUCGUUUGAGGAUGAAUUUGACAAGUUGAAUAUUGGUGAUGGGGAGAUCAACAGUGGCGGAAGAGGCGGAGGUGGUGAUGAUGAUAAUGAUGCGGGGUAUGUGCCUCAUGAUGGUAUUGGCUGGGAUGGAGAAGAGUAUUUUGAUUAUGGUGACGUUGAGCGAUUCAUGGGGUUGGAUGAAGAAGAUGCCGACGAGGAAGAAGAAGAUGAUGACGAUGUCGAUGAGCACGACAUAAAGAGAAACCGAUUUUUCAAAUCGGAUAUGGAUGAUCCAUUAGCUCUACAUCGAGAUAAAAUAUUUGGCAAAUUGGAGAAAAUGAUUAGCGAAAACAAAUAA